AUGUUAUCAGUUAGACAUAACAAUGAAACAGUCAUAAAAGAAUUUCUUCUGAUUGGAUUCUCUGUUCUGAAAGAGAAAGGACUUUGUCUCUUUAUAAUAAUUUCAGCUAUAUAUGUUGUUACAAUAACAGCCAAUGUCUUUAUUAUUAUAAUUGUCAAAAGUGAAAGACGUCUUCACAAGCCUAUGUAUUUCUUCAUUGGUGGACUUUCAUUCCUUGAGAUUUGGUACCCUUCAGUCACUGUCCCCAGGCUCUUGUGGUCUCUUAAAACUAAAGAAGAAGCAAUAUCCCCAGCUGGAUGCAUGGCACAAUUUUAUUUUCACUUUUCUCUUGGAGCAACAGAAAUCUUUCUUCUGACUGUAAUGGCAUAUGAUCGCUAUGUGGCCAUCUGCAACCCCCUUCGCUAUUUAAUUAUUAUAAGUCCUAAAGUUUGCACUAUACUCAUACUUGGGUCCUGGGCUUGUGGCUUUAUUGCAGUGGUUACUCCUUGUGUGCAGAUUGCAAACCUCUCAUUUUGUAGGGAGAACCAAAUUGAUCAUUACUACUGUGACUUGGCCUCAUUACUAAAAUUGUCUUGUUCAGAAACUUCAAGGAUUGAAAAGAUGUUUUUCUGCCUUAGCUUGGUCAUAAUAUUAGGCUGUUUUUUCUUAAUUAUUAUAUCUUAUAUUUGUAUAAUAAGGACAACUCUGAUGUUUCCAACUGCUAUAGGGAGACGCAAAACAUUUUCUACUUUUACCUCACACCUUAUUGUUGUUUUGUUAUUUUAUGGCACCAUCAUCUUCAUGUUUGUCAGACCCAGCACUGGUGGACUCAUGUACCUGAAUAAAAUAGUUUCCAUCAUUCCCUCAGUAGUUACUCCUCUUUUGAAUCCAGUUAUCUACACUUUGCGCAACCAUGAGGUGCAAGAAGCAAUGAAGAAAACUGCUCAAAAAUUUAUUUUUCCAUUAGAGAAGGAUGGUAUCUGUGGCAAAAUAAAAAUGCUGAAAACAACUGAUUUUAUUCAAAGUGCCUUAUAUUCUUACAGAGAUUAG